AUGCCGGCCAAGUCGCUCACUGAGCUGCCGUCUGACUUAGCGAAGCUGAAGAACCUCACAACCCUCAUCGUCAGCCACAACUCCUUGACGCGCCUGCCACCUGAGAUCGAGCGGCUGGUCAGUCUCAAGAACCUGGAGUUCACUGACAACAACGUAAACGAGCUCCCUGCUGGCAUCGAGUCGCUGCAAAUGCUGGAAGUCUUCGACGCUUGCCGCAACUCCAUCACGAGCAUCGCUCCCCUCUCCGCCCUGCACAACCUGGUCACCCUCAAGCUCGACCAGAACAAGAUCGAUAGUCUGUCUCCUCUUGCGUACAAGAAGCUGACGAGGCUGGCGACUCUGAGCGCGAGCUACAACGAGAUCGACGAUCUGGACGAGAAGAUCGGGCGGCUGGGAGCGCUGACGUCACUGAACUUGUCCAACAACAAGAUCAAGGAGCUGCCAGUGGAGAUGAGCGACUUCUCUGAGAAGGUCCUGCUGCACCUGAACCUGGACGAGAAUCCACUCAAGGACAGCAAGGCGAGGAAGAUCCUUGAGAAGGGCCGUGCUCCUAUCAAAGAGCUCCUCGCUCACCUUCAGAAGGAGCGCGAGAGCGGAAGGGGGAAGAAGAAGAAGAAAUCGAAGCAGGUGGGAGGAUAG